CGUAUAUUUAUGUUGAUUGCGUGAAUAUUUUUUUAUUGUGGCGAAGAUUUAAUGAAGAAAGUUUCUAAUUUGUGAAUAUUAAUAAAAAAAGUCAAUACAAUUUGUAAAGACAAUGGCUAAAUUCUAUAAAUUAGAUAUAAAUCGUACAGAAUGGGAAAUACCAGAUACAUACCAACAAUUACAAUCAGUGGGUAGUGGGGCCUACGGUCAAGUAUGCAAAGCUGUUGUACGUGGUACAACUAUGAAAGUGGCCAUUAAAAAGCUGGCACGACCUUUCCAGUCAGCCGUACAUGCAAAAAGGACGUAUCGCGAAUUGCGUUUGUUGAAACAUAUGGAUCAUGAAAAUGUCAUUGGUCUUUUGGAUGUUUUUCAUCCUGGACAGCCAGUCACUUCUUUGGAGAAUUUCCAACAGGUCUAUAUGGUCACACAUCUAAUGGAUGCUGAUCUUAAUAAUAUUAUAAGGACACAAAAGUUGUCAGACGAUCAUGUACAGUUUUUGGUCUAUCAAAUCUUGAGGGGUUUGAAAUACAUACACAGCGCUGGUAUUAUACACCGUGAUUUGAAGCCUUCAAAUAUUGCUGUCAAUGAAGAUUGUGAGUUAAGAAUUUUAGAUUUUGGUUUGGCCAGACCGGCCGAAAGUGAAAUGACUGGUUAUGUGGCUACCCGUUGGUAUAGGGCACCAGAAAUUAUGCUGAACUGGAUGCACUACAAUCAGACUGUAGAUAUAUGGUCGGUGGGUUGCAUAAUGGCAGAAUUGCUUACGGGACGUACUCUAUUUCCUGGAACCGAUCAUAUACAUCAGCUGAAUUUAAUUAUGGAAAUCUUAGGUACCCCACCAGAAGAUUUUAUGCAAAAAAUAUCCUCUGACAGUGCACGGAAUUAUAUACGUUCCCUACCUGUCAUGCAGCGACGUAAUUUCCGUGAUGUUUUCCGUGGUGCCAAUCCGCAAGCCAUUGAUUUGUUGGAAAAAAUGCUCGAACUCGAUGCUGAGCAGCGCAUAACUGCCGAACAGGCUUUGGCACAUCCCUAUAUGGAUAAAUAUCAUGAUCCUACUGAUGAACAAACAUCGCCUUUGUAUGAUCAAAGUUUUGAAGAUAUGGAUUUGCCAGUGGAUAAAUGGAAGGAAUUGGUAUUCAAUGAGGUCUUAAAUUUCAAGCCUUUACCAGCCUAUGCUGAUGUUUUAAAGCAAGCUCAAGAACAACCACCACCAUCAUCUGCAGUAAAUUAGUUUUAAUAAGUUAUAAAUAACCUAGGCAGCAAAAAUAACCUCAGAUUUGCAAAAUGUACUUAACCUCAGUUAAAGUAACUACUUAUAUAGAUUUUUAAAAACUUUUUAUUAACUUUAAUUAAUAUUUUACUAUUAUUAAGCAAAAAAAAAAAAACGAAAAC